CCUCCCCGCGGGGCGAUGGAACGAUCGAUGUCUCCGCGCUCCGCUAGCGCUCCCCGCCUGACUGUUCUGCCUCGCGCCUGCGCAGUGGCGUCCGACAAGAUGGCGGCUCCGCCGGGAGCGCUGCAGGAAGAGGCUCUGAGGCGGAAGGAGCGGCUGAAGGCCCUGAGGGAGCGGACCGGGGCGGCGGCGAGGCAGAAUAAAGAGGAUGGUGCACCUGAGGCCAAGCAGUUCAGAAACGACAACGAAGAGGAAGAGGCACCAAAACACAAGGAACUGAAGUUGCGGAAUUAUACUCCAGAAGAUGAAGAACUUAAGGGACGGAUAGUGCCUCCGGCCAAGCCGGCCUCAGUGGAAGACAAGGUGAAGGACCAGCUGGAAGCGGCCAAGCCUGAACCCAUCAUUGAAGAAGUGGAUUUGGCAAACCUUGCACCUAGAAAACCUGAUUGGGAUUUGAAGCGAGAUGUAGCCAAAAAGCUGGAGAAACUAGAGAAGCGGACACAGAGGGCGAUCGCCGAGCUAAUACGAGAAAGGCUAAGAGGGCAGGAGGAGAACCUGGCAUCGGCGGUGGACUCUGCGAAACAAGAGGAGAGCGAUUCGGACUGAAAUGCUCUUGCGUGUGGCUGAGGUGGUCUGCGAAGACACAUCCUUCACCUUUUUGAACAUAUAGGAUGCCAAUCCACAAGACAGUGCAUGUUGGACACAAAGGUUUCUCCACAUAUGUGAGAGAGUCAUCGCAAGAGGGAAUUAAGAGGAAAGGCAAGAGGCAAAAUACAGUUACUUGCAGGCCUGUAUCCAUGGAGGCAACAUCUGUCCAUUGAAAUGACAGUGAAACCAUCUGAACAAUAACAGAAGAGAACCUUAAUAUUCAUUGCAAAAAUAGCAGGUCUAAAUUGAGAAAUUGCAAGGUGGAUGGAGAGGCAGGCCCUUGAAAGUGUUGUGGGUAAUUGGCAAGCUUAACAAGUCUGGAACAUUUCCUUUGGAGCACUACAACUCCCAGAAGUCUCGAAAUAACCUCUCUUGCAUUGUUAAGUUUGCAACUUGAUCUUCAUUUUCAGAUGUUCCCCUUUUUUAAAAAACAAAAAUAUUGCCACUCCUAGUUUUUAUUCUCAGAUUGUACUGAUAAAUAUGGAAUUAUUUUUUUAAGAAUAAAAAGUUGUAAACGUAA